AAGUGGUGGGUUUAGACUCGUCUCGCUGGCCGGGCGUGGCCUACGGGUUCUGGUUUCGAUUCCGGCGCCUGGGCCACGACGCCUUGAGGAGCUUUUUCAGGCGGUCUGAGAAGAUCCGGGGUGCCCAGGGCAUCCCGAAGUCAACCCGCCCUGCGCCAUGUCCUGGAUGUUCAAGAGGGAUCCUGUUUGGAAGUAUUCACAGUCUGUCCAGCAUGGUGCCCAUGAAAAUAUUCCAAGACUUUCAUACCCAACUGUUUUUACACGUUUUGAAUUCCAAGACACUGUCCCUCCAGAUGACUUCCUAACCAGUGAAGAAGAGCUUGAUUUGGUUUUAUUUGGAACUAUGAGAGGACAAGUUGUUGGUAUACGCUAUUACACAGGAGUUGUAAAUGAUAAUGAAAUGGUUGCUUUACAACGAGAGCCUAAUAAUCCCUAUGAUAAGAAUGCUAUUAAAGUCAAUAAUGUGAAUGGAGAUCAGGUUGGCCAUUUAAAGAGAGAUUUUGCAGCAGCCGUGGCCUAUAUCAUGGACAACAAAUUGGCCCAAGUGGAAGGUGUGGUUCCUUUUGGUGCAAAUAAUACUUUUAACAUGCCUGUUCAUAUAACUUUCUGGGGAAAAGAAGAAAAUAGAAAAGUGGUUUUAGAUCAGUUGAAGAAACAUGGAUUUAAAUUGGGUCCCACACCAAAAACUCUAAGAUCGAGUUUGGAGAAUGCACGGGGCUCUGGAAGAGCUGGACCAAGCUAUAGUAGGCCGGUUCAUGCUGCUGUACAGAUGACUACAGAACAGCUCAAAACGGAAUUUGACAAAUUAUUUGAAGAUUUAAAAGAAGAUGAUAGAACUAUUGAAAUGGAACCAGCUGAGGCUGUUGAAACACCGUUGCUUCCACACCAGAAACAAGCUCUAGCUUGGAUGAUUUCCCGAGAGAACAGCAAAGAGCUUCCACCAUUCUGGGAACAGCGCGAUGACUUAUAUUAUAAUACAAUAACAAAUUUUUCUGUGAAGGAACGACCAGAAAAUGUUCACGGAGGAAUUUUAGCUGAUGAUAUGGGUUUGGGUAAAACUCUUACUGCCAUUGCUGUAAUUCUCACCAACUUUGAGGAUGGCAGGCCUCUUCUCAGUAAGAGAGGCAAGAAGAAUCAUCCAGGAAAGGAAUACAAGGAUGAGACCAUUAAACUCAGAGGAUGUAAUAACAAGAAGGAAGAUCGACACUCAGAGCCAUCCUCAUGCAGUGAAGGAGCCAGUCUUUCAGAUAUUCCGGAGAAGAGUGACUGUACUACGUCAGAAUUGUCUAGUGUCUGCCCUAAAAGAAGAAAAAUUUCUGUGCAGUACACUGGAAGCAAUGAUUCAGAGGAAAUCGAGAUUGCCCCAGAUCUGCCCCAGAAAAUGAAAGGCAAGCUGAAAAAUGCACAGUUGGAUACUAAAAGCGGAGUAAAAGGAUCACCGAAGACGGUUAAAGAAGAUACAGCAUUUGCUCAUGCACUUAAUUUUUUUGCCUCUACAACAAAAAAGAAAAUGUUGAAAAAAGAAAAUGUCAGCACAUCUAUGAUGGAGGGCUCAGAGACAUGUGACACUGGAGAGAGAACAAGAACAACACUGAUCAUCUGUCCACUCUCUGUGCUGAGCAACUGGAUUGACCAGUUUGGACAACAUAUAAAGUCAGAAGCACCCUUGAAUUUUUAUGUUUAUUAUGGUCCUGAUCGUAUUAGAGACUCAGCCUGGCUUUCAAAACAGGAUAUUAUUUUGACUACUUAUAAUAUUUUAACUCAUGAUUAUGGAACUAAAGAUGAUAGCCCAUUACAUAACAUAAAGUGGCUAAGAGUGAUCCUGGAUGAAGGCCAUGCCAUUCGAAAUCCAAAUGCUCAGCAGACAAAAGCUGUCCUUGAGUUAGAGGCAGAGAGAAGAUGGGUAUUGACAGGUACUCCUAUCCAGAAUUCUUUAAAGGACUUGUGGUCUCUUCUGUCCUUUUUAAAACUUAAGCCAUUUGUUGAUAGAGAAUGGUGGUAUAGGAUAAUACAGCGUCCUGUCACUUCAGGAGACAAGGGAGGACUCAGGCGUUUACAGUCCUUAAUUAAAAAUAUCACACUUAGAAGAACAAAGACAAGCAAAAUUAAAGGGAAACCUGUUUUGGAGUUACCAGAAAGAAAAGUAUUUAUUCAGCACAUUACUCUGUCAGAAGAAGAGAGAAAGAUUUAUCAAUCUGUUAAAAAUGAAGGCAAAGCCGCCAUUGGAAGGUAUUUUACCGAGGGGACUGUCCUCGCACACUAUGCAGACGUCUUGGGUCUUCUGCUUAGGCUGCGGCAGAUUUGUUGCCACACCCAUCUUCUUACAAGCGGAAUGUCUUCCAGUGGCCCCUCCAGAAGUGAUACACCUGAAGAACUGAGGAAGAUGUUAGUAGAGAAGAUGAAGUUAAUUCUGAGCUCUGGUUCAGACGAAGAGUGUGCAAUUUGCCUGGAUUCAUUAUCGUUCCCUGUGAUAACACACUGUGCACAUGUGUUCUGUAAACCUUGUAUUUGUCAGGUCAUUCAGAGUGAGCAGCCACAUGCAAAAUGUCCUCUAUGCAGAAAUAAUAUACACAGAGAUAAUUUAUUAGAAUGUCCUCCAGAAGAGUUGGCAUGUGACAGUGACAGUGACAGUGACAAACAGUCCAGUGUGGAAUGGACAUCCAGCUCAAAGAUUAAUGCUCUAAUGCAUGCUUUGAUUGAAUUACGGACAAAGAACCCCAACAUAAAAAGUUUAGUUGUUUCUCAGUUUACCACCUUCCUGUCUUUAAUAGAGACACCACUUAAGAACUCGGGAUUUGUGUUUACUCGCUUAGAUGGUUCCAUGCCUCAAAAGAAAAGAGUUGAAUCAAUUCAGUGCUUUCAGAACACAGAGGCAGGGUCUCCUACUAUAAUGCUGCUGUCCUUGAAAGCAGGUGGGGUUGGCUUGAAUCUCUGCGCUGCGUCUCGGGUGUUCCUAAUGGACCCGGCCUGGAACCCUGCUGCAGAAGAUCAGUGCUUUGACCGGUGCCAUCGGCUUGGCCAGAAACAAGAGGUUAUUAUCACAAAGUUCAUUGUGAAGGAUUCUGUUGAGGAAAAUAUGUUGAAAAUACAAAACACGAAACGAGAGCUCGCAGCGGGAGCCUUUGGAACUAAGAAAGCAGACGCUGAUGAGAUGAAACAAGCUAAAAUCAAUGAAAUCAGAACUCUAAUUGAUUUAUAAUUUGUGGGGGUUUCCUAAGGUCAGUUUGAACAGAUACUUAAGUUUUACAGAUGAAAAAUACAGAUUUAAGAAUGGGAUUUAGAGGAUACUUUUUAUGAGGGGCAUAUUUUAUAUUAAUAAAGUGGUGUUACCGACACA